AUGAUGGUGGUAGUGCUCAUCCUCAUCCCCGAUGAUGCAAGUAUCAUGGUAAAGUGGCUACUGAUGAUGGCUCUAAUGUGCAGGAGGCAAGGGCGCCCAAGGCAAGUAGGAGGAAGUCCGCCAACAAGAGUAGGAGGAGGGACGGCCAGGAGCAAGGCAUCAGGAGGGGGUGCCAGGAGGUUGGGUGCUAGAGGUUGGGGCGACGGGAACAGAGGAACUAGUAUCUAG